AUGAGGCGCGUUGCACUUGCCAGUUCUGCCCUGGCCUUCUGUGUGCCCGCCCAAUGGGUGGGAGGUGCCUCUGCUGCUGUGGCAUGCCUCACGGCUGCGACUGGCCGGCGCCUCGGCGCGUCAGCUCGGCUCGGCGUAGCGAUAGUGGCCAGCGCAACUCGCUUGGACUCAACGCUCAGCCAGGAGCUCCCGCACGCGCUGGCGCGAGUCAUGGCGCAUGCAACGCGUCUGAAUGCUCGCCUCGCCUCGCGCAAAUGCGACCGUCCUCGCAGCCAACAAGUCCACCGCCUGCUAAAGAAGCACUGCGACGAAUGCGGCACCGGCGACGCAUGGCAGGCCAGGCUGGUCAUGACGCAGUUGUAG